AUGAAUAUUGACGAUUUAAAGCCAUUCACUCUUGGCUACGAUCCAAGACUUCUCGUUUCGGUGACAUUUGUCGCUGUCUCGAUUGCCAUCUUGUUGAUGCAGAUAUUCCCGCAAUUCCGCCUCCUACUCAAAUAUGGCAAAACGGCACAGCAGAAGCAGGUUACUCCUGAUACUCCGUUGGCCAAAUUCGUCGAGAAGGUACUGACUCUUCAAGUACCAAAGUCCUGGUUUGCACAUUACUACGUGUUUUACCUGAUUCUUCAGUGGUCGCAAGGUGCAUAUAUCUGGCUGCAAAAUCCAACAGUCUCCAAGUACACCGUGAUCUGGGCACUAUUGACACUCCAGGCAACAAGAAGAAUGAUUGAGAGCUACACGUUGACCAAAUGGAGCUCGAAGCUGAAGAUGCACUACACGCAUUACAUGGCGGGUUUGCUCGAGGGAGGUGAGCCAAUUGAGUGGAGCUGGAAAUACCACUUGCUUAUCACCAUUUUUAUUCUCUUUUCCGUCGACCAGUUCAAAAACCACCAGCACUUGGCCUCCUUGGUCAAGUACUCAGUCCCCACAUUCAACUUCUUCAAGAUUGUGGCAUGUGCACAUUACUUCGACGAGGUCAUUAUCUACCUUGUUGUUAUAUUUGUUUCCUUCGUUCAGAAGCCCUAUACGAUUCCCGACUGGAACUUCAUUGGUACCUGGAUUUUCGUCAUUACCAACCUCAGUGUAUCUGCGCACGGUACCAGAUUGUACUACAAGGAGAAGUUCGACAAGUACGACGUCAAGUACGCCAUAAUCCCAUACAUUUUAUGA